AUGUUACUUGAUAUUCAUGCGCUGAAAACAUCUAUAUUAGAAAUGCCAACUAUGGGAAUGGAAAAUCCGGCGCCACCGCCAACAACGUUUACAAAGAUUGUAAAUAAAGGAAUUGGCAAAAUUGAAGCUAUAUUAAAGAUGAUCCUUACACCACAUGAUCCUCCUGAAGGGUUAUCUGAAAAUUAUAUUUUAUUAAUUGGCGACAAGAACAUUACGAAUUUCCAAAAAAUAUUAGAACUUAAGGGAUUAAGGAGAAAUGAACAACAACAAUUGAUAGAACAAUUUCAACAACGGGAUGAUGAAAAAUGA